AGACGCUGCGCACAGAAACACUCGCCCCGCCCCGCGCCGCGCUCUAGUGGGCGGCCCUCCCGCGGGCGGCUCUGAUUGGACUGCCGAACCCCGCGCGCUGAUUGGCCGCGUGGGCGAGGCGGAGGAGAGCCGUGCGCAGCGGCGUAUGUGGGGCCGUGUGCAGACCCGCGUGUGGCGCAGGCAAGGACCCUCAAAAUAAACAGCCUCUACCUUGCGAGCCGUCUUCCCCAGGCCUGCGUCCGAGUCUCCGCCGCUGCGGGCCCGCUCCGACGCGGAAGAUCUGACUGCAGCCAUGAGCAGCAAUGAGUGCUUCAAGUGUGGACGAUCUGGCCACUGGGCCCGGGAAUGUCCUACUGGUGGAGGCCGUGGUCGUGGAAUGAGAAGCCGUGGCAGAGGUGGUUUUACCUCGGAUAGAGGUUUCCAGUUUGUUUCCUCGUCUCUUCCAGACAUCUGUUAUCGCUGUGGUGAGUCUGGUCAUCUUGCCAAGGAUUGUGAUCUUCAGGAGGAUGCCUGCUAUAACUGCGGUAGAGGUGGCCACAUUGCCAAGGACUGCAAGGAGCCCAAGAGAGAGCGAGAGCAAUGCUGCUACAACUGUGGCAAACCAGGCCAUCUGGCUCGUGACUGCGACCAUGCAGAUGAGCAGAAAUGCUAUUCUUGUGGAGAAUUCGGACACAUUCAAAAAGACUGCACCAAAGUGAAGUGCUAUAGGUGUGGUGAAACUGGUCAUGUAGCCAUCAACUGCAGCAAGACAAGUGAAGUCAACUGUUACCGCUGUGGCGAGUCAGGGCACCUUGCACGGGAAUGCACAAUUGAGGCUACAGCCUAAUUAUUUUCCUUUGUCGCCCCUCCUUUUUCUGAUUGAUGGUUGUAUUAUUUUCUCUGAAUCCUCUUCACUGGCCAAAGGUUGGCAGAUAGAGGCAACUCCCAGGCCAGUGAGCUUUACUUGCCGUGUAAAAGGAGGAAAGGGGUGGAAAAAAACCGACUUUCUGCAUUUAACUACAAAAAAAAGUUUAUGUUUAGUUUGGUAGAGGUGUUAUGUAUAAUGCUUUGUUAAAGAACCCCCUUUCCGUGCCACUGGUGAAUAGGGAUUGAUGAAUGGGAAGAGUUGAGUCAGACCAGUAAGCCCGUCCUGGGUUCCUUGAACAUGUUCCCAUGUAGGAGGUAAAACCAAUUCUGGAAGUGUCUAUGAACUUCCAUAAAUAACUUUAAUUUUAGUAUAAUGAUGGUCUUGGAUUGUCUGACCUCAGUAGCUAUUAAAUAACAUCAAGUAACAUCUGUAUCAGGCCCUACAUAGAACAUACAGUUGAGUGGGAGUAAACAAAAAGAUAAACGUGUGUUAAUGGCUGUUCGAGAGAAAUCGGAAUAAAAGCCUAAACAGGAACAACUUCAUCACAGUGUUGAUGUUGGACACAUAGAUGGUGAUGGCAAAGGUUUAGAACACAUUAUUUUCAAAGACUAAAUCUAAAACCCAGAGUAAACAUCAAUGCUCAGAGUUAGCAUAAUUUGGAGCUAUUCAGGAAUUGCAGAGAAAUGCAUUUUCACAGAAAUCAAGAUGUUAUUUUUGUAUACUAUAUCACUUAGACAACUGUGUUUCAUUUGCUGUAAUCAGUUUUUAAAAGUCAGAUGGAAAGAGCAACUGAAGUCCUAGAAAAUAGAAAUGUAAUUUUAAACUAUUCCAAUAAAGCUGGAGGAGGAAGGGGAGUUUGACUAAAGUUCUUUUUGUUUGUUUCAAAUUUUCAUUAAUGUAUAUAGUGCAAAAUACCAUAUUAAAGAGGGGAAUGUGGAGGACUGAAA